AUGUCCUCGAAUCGCCGCGGUGUUGGCCUCAGUGCCUUCACGCGCAACCACAUUAGCACCGCGCAAUAUGCCUCCCACGGCAACGCCCUACGGUCCGCCCAGUCCGACUCCCUCCAAACCCAGCUCUCCGUCUUCCAGCAGCUUCUCCACCAGUUCAGCAUCACGCACGCCAAAGACAUUCGCUCAAAUCCAACCUUCCGCGCCGAGUUUGCUCGUAUGUGUAACGCCAUCGGUGUUGACCCUCUGGCGUCUUCACAUCACAAAGCAGCCGGUGGUGGGGGGAAAGACGGUGGCAGCUUUUGGGCACAGAUGCUCGGAGGCAGCGUAAAUGAUUUCUACUUCGAGCUGGCAGUGCGUGUGGUGGAGGUCUGUCGAGAUACUCGGGCAGAGAACGGGGGUAUAAUAGCUGUAGCGGAAGUACGGCAGCGCGUUCAAAAGGGCAAGGGUAUUGGGGGAGGAAUGGAGGUUUCAGACGAUGAUGUUCUGCGCGCCGUAUCUUCACUCGGUCCCCUCGGAUCAGGCUUCACCAUCAUGAAGCUCGGCCACAACCAAAUGAUCCGCUCUGUUCCUAAGGAACUCAACACGGAUCAGACCACCGUCCUCGAAGCUAUACAGGUCCUUGGUUAUGUCACCACAUCAAUGCUGCAACUCAAUCUCGGCUGGACUCGCGUUCGCUCUAUGGCUGUGAUUGAUGAUCUUAUGACAGAUUCGCUCGUCUGGGUAGAUCGCCAGGCUGAAGAGACGGAAUACUGGUCGCCCACUUUCAUCCAUGAGGCGGCAGGGUCAUGA